AUGGUGUUCCUCGCAAUGGCUCUCCCUCCGGGGCAGAUCUUGGAUAUCGCUGCCCCUAACAUGUUCUUUCCCGUGCUUGUUAUUGUUUUGAUCCCAUGCCUCGCUAUCCUUCUGUUGCAACUUCUGCCCAAGGGACCCGCCAUCAAUGGUGUUCCUGGGUCGGUCUUGGACCUGUUCGUCUGCGGUAUUGAAACCAAAUGGGCUUUCCUCGCUGGCAAGAGUGCACAGCAGUUCAACGCUCUGCAUGACUCUUAUGGAAAGAUUGCCCGAUUUGCACGCGGACAAGCCACGACCAACACCAUUAGGGGCCUGCGCGGCAUCUAUGGUACUGGCUCUGGCAAAGGCAGUGCCUUCCUCAAGACGGGGUUCUACAAGAGCAUCUCCCGUCGCAACAUCUUCACGGCCUCAGAUGCCGACUACCAUUCCAGCGUGCGCAAGCUGUUCGGUCCUUCGCUCAGCCCGGGCAGUAUGAGUGCCCAUGCUGGCGUGGUCCGGGAGUGUAUCUUGCGCUUCCACGAUGUUAUCAACGAGAAGCUAGAGAAGAACAACACUCUGAGCCUGAACCAAUUGCUCUACUGCCACUCGGUUGACACAGUCUCCGAGGUCCUCCUUGGCAAGCCCCUGGGAUGUCUCAAGCGAGGCAAGCCGUACUUCUGGACCGAGCAGCUCCCUCGUAUCUUCUUCUGGGCUACGGUGCGCGACCAAUUCGACGGAUCAGGCGUGCCCACCGUCAUGAAGUGGAUGCUGCGUCGAAUUUUGCGCAAGGGUAUCCGAGCCCGCAGCGAAGAGGCCCGCAUGAGACUCAUCAACGAGCAAUUGCAUGCCUCGCAUGGCCGCCGUGACAUCAUGGUCGAAGUGAUGGAACGCGCUGGAACCAGCGAUUUACCCCAAGAGGAAAUUGCCGAGAACUUUUCGGCCAUCAUGUUGGCAGGAUUCCACACCACCCAGAACGCCCUGUGCGCCGCCAUCUACUUCGUAUUGACCCACCCGGAGGCCCAUGCGAAACUGGUACGGGAGUUACAGGCGUCCUUCUCCAGUGCCGACGACAUGUCCGGAGAGGCUGUCCAGAAUCUUCCAUAUCUCAAUGCCGUGAUCACCGAGGCUCUUCGCCUCUACCCUCCCGUGCCCCUUGGUGGGCCUCGUGUUUCGAAGGGCGCCUACGUUGACGGCACAUACAUUCCUGAGGGUACUGAAAUCUGCACUUCGCUCUUCGCACUGCAUCACAACCCCGAGUACUUCAACGCGCCUUGGGAGUUCAUUCCGGAACGCUGGACGGAACCGGGAUGCACGGACAAGAAGGAAGCAGUGCAGCCAUUCCUGGUGGGCAGCCGGUCCUGCAUCGCCAAGUACUUCGCCAAACAGAUGAUGCAACUGACGCUGGCGGGCUUCUUCCUGGACUACGAUGCUCAGUAUAUGGGCCGCGUCAAGGAUUGGCAGCGCGAGAGCCGGUGUUACGCUUUCUGGGAGUUGCCCGAUCUGAAAGUGAAACUCCAGAAGCGACAGGGAGCCAACUGA